UCCUCCUGCGUUCUCUCGUCAGUCUUACCAACAUCUAGUAAACGCCCUCUGUUGCUUGGUUAGCGCAUUCAGCAGAAUGAUUGGACAAUCAACUCUUCUCGUGGCAUUGGCCAUUUGUGCCUUUGCAACGGCUCUGCCAGGAAGGCCUUAUGGAGGCGCUGGAGUAGGAGGUGUUGGAGGACUUGGAGGUGUUGGUGGACUUGGCGGUGUUGGAGGACUUGGAGGUGUUGGAGGUCUCGGAGGUGUUGGAGGCCUUGGAGGUGUUGGAGGAUUCGGAGGUGUUGGAGGUGGACAUCUUGGAGGUGUUGGUGUUGGAGGAGGGCACCUUCAUGGACUUAGUGGUGGCCUUGGAGGUGGAGCUUUGGGUGGUAGCCUUGGAGGUGUUGGAGGACUUGGAGGUGUUGGAGGACUUGGAGGUGUUGGAGGACUCGGAGGUGUUGGAGGCCUUGGAGGUGUUGGAGGAUUCGGAGGUGUUGGAGGUGGACAUCUUGGAGGUGUUGGUGUUGGAGGAGGGCACCUUGGUGGACAUAGUGGUGGCCUUGGAGGUGGAGCUUUAGGUGGUGGCCUUGGAGGUGGAGCUUUAGGUCUCGGAGGAUCCUCCUUCAACCCAGCCCACUUCCCAGACCUCGUUCCAGGAUUCCCAUUCCAGCAAUCCCAUCCAGGCCAAGGAUUCGGUGGGUGCAAAUACUGGUGCCGUAGCUCUUACCAGAACAACUAUUACUGCUGCACAAGGUCCACCUAUGCUGGAUAAGGCCUUUAAAGGGAUUCCUGCAACCGACUUUCUUUCAUCUCUUAAGAAUCAGCAUCAAGCAAUUUCCAUCUAAUGUCAUACCAUUUCUAAACCAUUCUUUUGGGCAUUUAUAAUUUUAAUGUGCAAAUAAUAUCAUAAUAAACGUGUUUUAAUUCUUUA